CCCCAUUCCACCAAAAUGUGCACAGUAACCUACAACGAAAUCAAAUGCUCCCGCUGCAAGACGCUGAUCAAAUCCGAGGUCGACCGGAGCACCUGCUACGAAGUGCUCACUUCCCAGUAUACGGCCUCCCCUCUGGUUUUUGGUGGAUGUAAGGCCGGGCAGACGUCGGUGACGAACACGAAGGAGGAGGGGAUGUGUGAUAGUUGUAAGGCUAGGGAGAGGACGGCGAAUGUAUGGAGGGGGGCAGCGAUGGGGUGA